CUCCAGAAUGUUGUCUCAGAGUCUGUGCCAAGCUUACAAAUGUCUGUUUCUGCACAACUUAAAACUGAACUCAGUAACUGUGGCCACUUUGGCUAGAUGGAUCCAUUCUUCAGAAAAAAAGCUUUCUGACUGUGAAUUAAAUGAACAAACCACCCAGCAACAUGAAAAAGAAGAGUUACCUGAAAGUACAGAAAACAAUUCUGAAAGAUGGCACAUACCAGUGAUGCUGGAGGAGGUUGUUAAUUGUUUAUCUCCUCAGCCAGGCCAGUGUUUCCUUGACAUGACGUUUGGAGCUGGAGGUCAUACUAGAGCUCUACUAGAGAAAGCCAGAGACAUCACUGUCUAUGCACUGGACAGGGACCCCACAGCUUAUAAAAUAGCUCUGCAGCUUUCAGAAUCAUAUCCGAAGCAGAUUCGAGCUCUUCUUGGACAGUUUAGCCAGGCAGAGGCUUUGUUAAUCUCCUCUGGAGUUGAGCCAGGGACUCUAGACGGAGUUCUCUUCGAUGCUGGCUGUUCUUCUAUGCAAUAUGAUACACCUGAAAGAGGUUUUUCCCUGAAGAAGGAUGGACCUUUGGACAUGAGGAUGGAUAGUGACAGGUGCCCCGACGUGCCCACGGCUGCCGAUGUUGUCAACCUUUUAGAUCAACAGGCGCUUGCGUCCAUCCUGAGGACGUACGGGGAGGAGCGGCACGCCAGGAAAAUCGCCUCAGCCAUCGUUCAGGCACGCAGCAUCUACCCCAUCACCAGGACCCAGCAGCUUGCAAGCAUUGUUGCAGGUGCAUUUCCAGGGUCAGCACUGUAUGCACGAAAAGACUUGCUUCAGAGGCCUACACAUGUUGCUACUAAAACUUUCCAAGGCCUACGAAUAUUUGUAAAUGAUGAGCUCCAUGAACUCUUUAUAGGACUGAGGACAGCUGAGAAGUUUCUAAAACCCGGAGGUCGCCUUGUAGCCCUCUCCUUUCAUUCGCUGGAAGAUCGUAUCAUUAAACGUUUCCUUCACGGAAUAGACAUGACAGAAAAGUACAAUCUUGGCUCAAGGCAGAAGAUAAGACAGGCUCUCAGGAAUGGCUCCAAAGAAGAUACAGAAGAAUUUCCCAAUGGAAAAUCCAACUCGAGGUGGAUUUUUAUACAGAAAAAAGUUCUCACACCCCAGGCCAAGGAUGUUCAAACAAACCCAAGAGGAAGAUCAGCCAAGUUGAGAGCUGCUAUUAAACGUUAA